GUAACUGCCGCUUACACUGAGCGACUCAUGGAAGGAGAGGAGUGAGCAGAAGAGGACUAACUAAAGGAAAUAACUAACGGAGACACAGCGAAAUGCCUCCAAAGAGGAAAAAUGAAAUUGCAAUUAGUGUUGAAGACGUUGGGAUGGAGGUUGAUGUUGUGUCAGACAGCGGAAGUGAAGAUGAGGCCAGAAGGAGAGCUAAGAACAGAAGAGUCAAACCCCAACGUAAAGCCAAACGGGUCAGCAGCGAUGAGGAGGAUGAAGAGGAUGAGGCACCAAGGAAAAGAGGACGAAAGAAGAAGGCAAAGCCCCGGGACAGCGAUGAAGACGAUGAGGAAGACAAGCGGACGAAGGAGGAGAGCGAUGAGGAGAGCGAAGAAGACAGAGGGAAGACGAAAAAGCGAGGGGCUGAUGAAGAAUCGCUCUCAGAGGGAGAGAUGGCAGCCCUAAAGGAGCAGGUAGAGGAGAAGAAGAAACUGAUCGCUACCUUAAGGAACAAACCCUGGCGCAUGAAGAGGAGACUCGUGCUGCUCAAAGAGGCGCAGGAGUUUGUUGAAACAUUUGAAGGAGCUCUUGGGAAGGGAAAAGGCAGGAAGCUGUAUGCAUACAAAGUCAUGAUGGCCAAGAAAGUAAUCAAGUUUAAACGUGACUUUGAGAACUUCAAAACAGCCUGCAUACCCUGGGAGAGGAAGAUAAAGGAAGUAGAAAGUCACUUUGGAUCAUCCGUGGCGUCCUACUUUAUUUUCCUGAGGUGGAUGUACGGUCUGAAUAUGGUCCUGUUUGGGCUCAUGUUUGGCCUGGUGGUGCUGCCUGAGAUUCUUAUGGGUCUUCCUUACGGCUCCAUUCCCAGGAAAACUGUGCCUCGAGAGGAGCAGGACACAGCCAUGGACUUCUCUGUGCUCAAUGACUUUGGAGGCUACUGCAAAUACUCCUUUUUGUUCUACGGGUACUUCAACAACGAGCGAAGGAUCGGGCUGCUGCAGUUCAGACUCCCUCUUUCAUACCUGCUGGUGGGUGUUGGCAUCUUUGGAUACAGCCUGAUGGUUGUCAUAAGAACGAUGGCUCGUAACUCAAAUGAAGGAGGCGACGGUGCGGAGGAGGGAGAGUUCACUUUCAGCUGGAAGAUGUUCACCAGCUGGGACUACCUGAUAGGAAACCCAGAGACUGCAGACAAUAAGUACGCCUCCAUUACCACCAGCUUCAAGGAAUCCAUCGUGGAUGAACAGGAGAACCAGAAAGAUGAGAACAUCCAUCUCCGACGGUUCCUCAGGGUUCUGGCUAACUUCCUGAUCACCUGCAGCCUUGGGGGCAGCGGAUACCUCAUCUACUUUGUGGUGAAACGUUCUCAGGACUUUGCUAAAAUGGAAAAAGAAAAUCUCUCAUGGUUGGAAAAGAACGAGGUGGAGGUUGUGAUGUCUCUGUUGGGGCUGGUGUGUCCUCCUCUGUUUGAAACCAUCGCAGAAUUGGAAAAUUAUCACCCUCGUAUUGCCCUCAAGUGGCAACUGGGACGAAUCUUUGCUCUCUUCCUGGGAAACCUUUACACCUUCCUCUUCGCCCUGUUUGAUGAGGUUAAUGAAAAGUUGGAGACAGAGAAGUCCAUCAGGAAUGCCACUAUAUGGGCUUUGGAACAGUACUACGCCAACUACAGCUCCCAUUUCAACACGACAGAUGUGCCUCCUCCAAACGUGCAACCAGCUGACGUCAUCAGAGGACCCUGCUGGGAGAAUGCAGUGGGAAUAGGAUUUGUGAAGCUGAUCGUGUCGGACAUGCAGGUGACCUAUUUAACCAUCCUGGUUGGUGACUUUCUUCGUGCUGUUAUUGUCCGCUUUCUUAACUACUGCUGGUGCUGGGACCUGGAGGCCGGAUUUCCUUCAUACGGAGAGUUUGACAUCAGUGGAAACGUGCUGGGGCUUAUCUUCAAUCAAGGAAUGAUAUGGAUGGGAGCAUUUUACGCUCCAGGUCUGGUGGGUCUGAACGUUUUGCGUCUCCUGUCCUCGAUGUACUAUCAGUGCUGGGCAGUGAUGUGCUGUAACGUUCCCCAUGAGCGAGUUUUCAAGGCCUCGCGGUCCAACAACUUCUACAUGGGCCUGUUGCUACUCGUGCUGUUCCUCAGCCUGCUGCCUGUUGUCUACACCAUCAUGACCUUGUCCCCGUCAUUUGACUGCGGGCCAUUCAGUGGCCAGGAGAAGAUGUAUGACGUGGUCAUGGAGACGAUAGAACAGGAUCUGCCAUCUUUCAUAGCAAACAUUUUUACAUAUGCCACCAAUCCUGGACUCAUCAUGCCUGCUGUCCUCCUCAUGGUGUUGGCCCUCUACUACCUGAAUGCAGUGUCAAAAGGAUACCAACAAGCAAACAUAGACCUUAAAAGAAAGAUGAAAAUGGUCAGUAUGAGCGUUCUCUUGCAUGUUCCCUCUUUUUCCAAUAUUUCCCGUGUUCAGGAUCAAACUAAUGACUGUGCGGUUUAUUCGUGGACACUUUAGGCUCGAGACGAGGAGAAAAACCGACGGAACAACAAGGACAGCACUAAUGAAGUGAUGAAAGACUUGGAGGACCUGCUGCCCAACAAGUCUCUAAUACCGCCUCUCAUCGAGGAAGAGCGCACACCUGGUACACACACAC